AUGGGGAUAACUACUACCAUCGAAGCACCACUGGAAGUGAUUAAUGUGCCCUUCCAGAGCAAGGACCCGGGUCCCGUCUCUCGCCAGGGCGAUGGCGGACUUGGACCUGAGCCAUCACAGCCAGCUACCCGACUGUUCACUAUUGAACCUGUGUCAGCCGGGGACUCUCACCCAAGGCUCGUCAUUACCACCCUUCUAGUGACCCUGAAUAUGAUACAGUUCUUGUACAACUUCAUCACCAUCGUUGGUGGUCUGACGCUGAGCGUGGAACUUGGCCGAGAGACCGGUGUUGGUCAAGCGAACUGGAUGGCAGCAUCAUAUUCACUAACCCAGGGUGCCUUCGUCUUGAUCACCGGCCGCCUUGGCUCCAUCUACGGACAUCAGAACCUGGUGCUCGCCGGCUGUGCCCUCUUCUCCAUCUUUGUUCUUGCCAACGCUUUCUGUCGCGACUACAUCUCUUUCGUGGCUAUCCGAGCUCUCGCUGGUGUCGGAGGCGGGAUGUUCAUGCCCAACGCCGUUGCGAUUAUGACCACGGUCAUUCCCCCAGGCCGAUCUCGUAACCUUGCUCUGGGCUUCUUCUCUGCUGCGCCUCCCAUUGGGGGCGUGAUCGGUGCCCUUCUUGCUGGCCUGUUUAUCGAAAUUGUUGGCUGGAAAUGGCUUUUCAUUCUGAUCGCCGGGUGCUCUAUUGCCGUCACAGGUGUUCUCGCCUGGGUUUUCCCUCGGGAGCAGCCCAUUGAUCGAAAUGGCAAAAUCGACUUUGUUGGAGCCUGCCUGGGCCUCUUUGGCCUUCUUCUUUUCAACGUUGUCUGGAACCAGGCGCCGAGCGUGGGAUGGGACACACCGUACGAGAUCGCAUGUCUGAUCCUGUCCGUGCUCUUAUUCGCAUCAUUCAUCGCGUGGGAGAAGUACUGCGCCAAAGAUCCGAUCAUGCCCGUGCAAGUCUUCCGGGCUCCUACAUUUACUGCUCUAAUCUUUGUCAUUCUCAGGGAUCUAUCCAUCCUGAAGACAGGCAUUCACUUCAUCCCGUUUGGAGGAGGCGCAGUCAUCGCUGUCGCUCUCGCGGCCUGGCUCAUCUCUCGGGUGGCAGCACAAUGGAUCCUGGCCAUAGGCAUCGGCACAGUCAUUGUGAGCAAUCUUUUGCUGGCGACUAUGCCCAUCCAGCAGACGUACUGGGCAGGUAUCUUCCCUGCCGUGCUGCUGUCUAGCUUCUGCCCCGAUCUAGCUUACGUUGCAGCCCAGUUGAUCGCGAGCAAUAGCGUCGGACGUCGCCAUCAAGGUGUGGCAAGCAGUCUUAUUGGUACGCUCAACUUGUACGGAAACAGUCUGGGUCUUGGAUUUGCUGGCACCAUUGAAUCGCAAGUGUCUAAUGGCCAUGAGAUUGGGGACAUCGUUUUGGGUUAUCGAGCGGCAUUGUAUUUUGGUAUGGCUUUGGGUGUGGUUGCACUGAUUCUGAACUUUGCUUUCGUUCGGAUGCCAAAGGAUCAACGCCAAGGCUGGGAUGAGACACUGGAGUCUGACCUGCCAGAGAACACAUCGGCUCUGGCUUCAGCUGUGGAUAGACGGAUGGUGUCUUCUCUUGGGUGA